AACACUCCCAUUGUUUACAUCUUCGCAUGAUUUGCAUCCAGAAUCAGCACGUCGCAGAAUUUUAAGCGAGAUUUCUUUCAAAAACCAUAAAAUAAAAGUUUAUUCUUCACAAUGGCUAGUAGAACGUUUAUGCUAAUGGGCCAGGUGAUGCCCUGCAUCAAGCAAAAUGCAUCCAAAAUACGUAUUCGCCGAAUGGAGCUGGACACCAAUCUGAACAUGUACUUUAAAAAGGACGAGUUCUACUUUGUGCAUGACCCGUCCAAAAAAUGCAAAACCGGUGACAUUGUGCUAAUUAAGGAGCUCCCGCAAAAGCUGACGCGACUGAUUACGCAUACCUUGGAGGAAAUUGUGUACCCGCUGGGGGAUGUGACGGAUCCCAUCACCGGCAAGAAAGUUACCGCAGGAAAGUACCGUGAAGAUGUGGAGGAUGCCAACCGAUUGUUCGGUAAAUCGAGCGAAGCGUUCGACUAUGACAAAGCACCUCCGAGGGGCCGUCUGGAAGGAACGCGUGAUUUCUCCCACGGAGAGACCUACAUCAAAUAUCAUGAAGAUGGAAAAGAUCAACCGUUCUCCGUGUGAAGGAAGCAUGGACCAGUCAUCAGGAAUGAAACAAUACAAUACAAUUAAACUGUUUUACCUACUAGUGUACAUUUGCGGGAAUAUAGCUUAAAGUUAUCUUAAACAAAA